UCUCUUUAAGGAUUCAGUCAUCGCGAUGGCCACCGGGAUACCGAGUCUAAGUCGCUGCCUCGGCGACACGUAAUGCUGCUGGUGGAGUGGAAAAAUAAAUCCCAGCUCGAGAGACAGAUUUAUCUAGAGCACUUACAGAUGUAUUAAGCCCUUUGGCUCUCAGCGCGGGACUGAUUUCAAAUCCAAAUUUGUUCGGAUUUUCCCUAAAUUAUUAAAAUUAUUAUUAUUAGUAGUAGUAUUAUAUCUUUAUACAGGGAUGACGACCGAAACCGCGCAACAGCAGCUCGACCCGCCGCAGUCUAUGCGCUCGAGUCCCGUGCACUCCGCGCUCCAGAGCUCGCGCACGGUUCUAGAGAGCACCAGCAGCGCAAACGCGUCAAAAACUAAGAAGUCCAACUCCGGCAUGAGGCGUCCUGAGAAGCCACCUUACUCCUACAUCGCCCUGAUCGUCAUGGCCAUUCAGAGCUCUCCGACGAAACGGCUGACUCUAAGCGAGAUCUACCAGUUCCUCCAGGCCCGGUUCCCGUUUUUCCGUGGCUCCUAUCAAGGCUGGAAAAAUUCCGUACGGCACAAUCUCUCUCUCAACGAGUGUUUUAUCAAGUUGCCCAAGGGUCUUGGGCGGCCCGGUAAGGGUCACUACUGGACCAUCGACCCGGGUAGCGAGUUCAUGUUUGAAGAAGGCUCGUUUCGGAGGCGCCCACGCGGUUUCCGGAGAAAGUGCCAAACUCUCAAACCCAUGUACCGUAUGAUGAACGGGCUCGGCUUUGGCGCCUCAGUGCUACCGCAGAACUUCGACUUCCAGCCGCCGCCGGCGCCUCUCGCGUGCCAUGCUGGCGGUUACAACCUUGACGCGAUGACAGGCGGUGCGUAUGACGGGCUCGGAGCCGCCGCUCACCACGUACCGAGUCCGAGCUCAGCGUACAUGUCCCCCGCGUGCCAGGUGACCUCGAGCAGCGGCGGCGGCGGCGCCGGCGACUACGCGCACGAGAACAACGGCAACAGCACCGGAAGCGGCAGCAGUCCGCUUCAUUCACCGCCGUCCAUGAGUGGACCACUGGAGUGUCCUUCGCCGUACACCGCUGCCGCCACGGCGCACUGGUCUUCAUCCGCCGUGUCGCCCUACAUCAAGCAGUCUCCACUGGCUGCAGGCAGCCCGACAUCCUCCGCAUCCGCCGGUCUGCACUCAGGGGUGGCUCCAUACGCCCUCGAACAGAGCUACCUCCACCAUGGAGCAAGAGACGCAGCUGAGAUCUCAGUGGGAAUCCCUCGGUAUCAGUCUCACUCUUCUCCAGUGUGCGACAGGAAGGACUUUGUGUUGAACUUUAACGGCAUCGCCUCAUUUCACCCGAGUGCUGGAGGAUCUUACUACCAUCAUCACCACCAUCACCAUCACCACCAACUACACCACCAAGGAAUCUGUCAAGACAUCAAGCCGUGUGUAAUGUAGAUUUAGACAGGACAGUGGGAAAUAAAGACACUCCAGAGACCCUAACAAAAGUCCGAGGUCCCGGAACUAGCGUUGAAGAUACAACGACUGUCAAUGGGCCUUAAAAUGCAAAGUCUGAAAACAACUGAAAGGAAUUGGAAAAUUGACUAUAGACUCUUUUUUUUUUAGAUUUACAUAAACCGUAUUAUCACACGCGCGCGCGCGCGCGCGCACACA